GGAUAAGAAAAUCCCCGCCCUAACACAAAGCAUACUGUGUGCUGGUGAUAUUUUUGUUGAUGUUUUUCACAUAUUGCAAUGUUUGGAAAUUAUGUGAGAUAUUUUAUUUGGAAGAAAUUUGUUGAAUAACAUUAUAAGAGCUGUGUGGCAUCAGUAUGGUCCUUCAAAGUGAUACAAUGGCAAUGUGCAGCAACCCAGGGGAACAAGUUGCAGUGGAGACACUGCUGUCGAUGAGGAAUUCAAUGUGUAUUGGCAGUGGGGAUGAGAGUUCUGUCAUGUCGGAGGAUGAGUCUCGCUGCACCCCCUCGCCCACUAGCUCCUUCCAGUCCAGUGAUGAGGACUCGAUGUCAAACUCAGCAGAACCCUCCAUCUUUAACAGGAACUCUAAACUUGCAAGGCUCUUACUGGCAGACCAAACCAAUUUCUGUUACAAACCCAUGAGGAGAAGCCAGGAAGUGCCAUCAGAGUUUGUGCCUAACUAUCAUCUUGCCAAAAUGGGUGCCACAAGUAACCCAUCGCGGACUCCAGAACUGUUCAUCGACUCCACAAACAUCCCAUAUCCACCAAUUAAACCCAAACUUCAUCUAAAGAGGCCUUCGUUGCAGCCCAAGAGUGCUCAUUCAGAGGCCAAAAAACUCAAAACUACUGACUCUUUGCUAGGGAUUAAGCCAAUGAUAGAUAGACAGACAGACAUGCAGAAAAAUGGCACAGUGACAACAUCAACUAUUGCAACAAUUCAGAACUUAAACACUGUAGCAAGUACCCCUUUGAUUCAGGUGAUCAUUGUGAAUAAUCAAGUACAGUGUUCGGACAAAGACAAGACUGAUUGGUUGAGUAAAUUAUGCCCAAUAGCUCCCGCCCCACCCCCUAGCAACUCACCAGAUACUUGCUUACAAGAUGAGAGCUUGGGAAAUAGAAGAAGGAACCAUAUGUGUACAUAUAAAGACUGUGGAAAGACCUAUUUCAAAAGCUCCCACCUGAAAGCCCACCUUAGAACACACACAGGAGAGAAGCCAUUUGCAUGUACUUGGGAGAACUGUGACAAAAGGUUUGCACGCUCCGACGAACUGUCACGCCAUAGGUAUACUCACACAGGGGAGAAGAAGUUUGUGUGCAGCCACUGUCAGAGGCGGUUCAUGAGGAGUGACCACCUAGCCAAGCACAUGAAAAGACAUGCCACUCGAUAAGGAAAAGACUUCACUUCAUCUCUAUUAUUUUCAUGCACUUGUAUCAACAUUGCAGAGAACAUUCUAAGGCCUUAAUUUACUCAUAAAUGAAUAUCUCUGAAAUAUAGAGCUUGCCUGUCAAUAUACUUGUAUUUAUGACUUUUUAAAUUUAUUUAUUUAUUUCAUAUUUCAUUGAGAUUUAAGUACUUUAUAUUCUUGCAGCUUUGACAAGGUAACAAGUCCUUGGAGUCCUAUUUGAGUCCUUACUAUUAUAAUCAUGUCGUUUGAGAUGGGGGUAUGCAUUGCAAGUCCCAACUGUCUCUCUUUUGUACAGGUCAAAGUACCUAGUAUGUUUAUCUCUUUACCUCCUUUCUAUUGCAGCAUUUGUGAUGUCCUGUUAAUUUAUUUAUCUGUGUAUUGCAUCUCCGAGUUGUGGUGCUACUAAUGUUUUGUAAAUAUUCAGACACUUUUGAAUGAAAGUGGCUGUAUUGUAUGUGCAAUAUGUAAUGUCCUUUUUCACACAUUGAGUUAAGAGCAAAAGUGCUACCUACUUCUUUGUGAUAAAAGGUGUUGGCAUUUUUCUCUCCAAUUGUUUUUUCUUGAUUACAUGGUUUUAUCAUGUGUAUCAUAAGGUUGUAAUCAAUAUUAUGUAGAAUUUGACAUAGGUCAUAGUCCAAGUGUCACAGAUUACAUUUAUAAUUAUGCUUGAUUUUCUCAAGUGCACUAAGCUCGUUAGUUAGUUGAUAGUACUUUAAUUAGCUGUGGUAAUCAAUGGAGAGAUGAAGACAUGUACAGUUCUUUGUAAGAUUUGAUGUUUCUCAGCAGGUGAAACCUGGAUACAAUGCAAUAUUUCUUGUCCCAACUUGUGUACAUACAUGAUAUAUAUAUAUACAUGUCAAGUCUGUAUAUUGGUUACUUUAAAUAUUUAUUUUAUAUAUGAGUUCAUUUUUAUAUUUUGGUUAUUUGAAAAGAAUAAAACAUGAAACACGUCUUUA